UGAGCCCCAAAUCCUUUUAUCUUCAUCUUCGUCUUCAUCUUCUUCCCAAAUCGAAAACCCUCACAGCAAUUGUUGUCGUCUUCUUCUUCUCACUUCAUUUUUUUCUUCUCCAACUGUGAUUUCGAGUUACUGCUGCGAAGGAACAGGAACUAAAGAAGGGAUAAUACAUCUAUCAACUAGAAAAGAAAAUGGAGUUGACUGGUCAACAUGAAUCAAUAAAACCGCAGACCCAGCACCAGUCCCCUGGUAAAUAUAUACGAUGGGAUGACUUGGGUCGUGAAGACUUCAGGAAACAGCGAUACUGACAUUUUCACCUCUGUACAUGUGAGAGAGAAAUUGUGUGUGUCAGACAAUCACCUGAUAGAUUGUGGAUCACCCACUCAUACGACGGUGAUGGAUCGUGUUUUCGUUGCUGAUGAAUCCCAAUUUAUUAGGACCCAAAGUGAUAUUAUGGCUAGCACUUCCAACUCUAUCGCUUCCCCUCUGUAUCAAACAGCUCGAAUCUUCAAUGGAACAUCUACUUACAAUUUUCCAAUCCGGCAACAGGGAAGGCACUGGAUACGCCUCUACUUCUUCCCAUUUCAAUACGAAGAAUACAACAUGAGUAUGGCAAUCUUCUCUGUUACUGCCCAAAAUUUUGUCCUCCUCAGUAACUUCCAAGCACAGAACGGUUCUAUAUUCAAGGAGUUCUCCCUACCUGUAACUUCAGACAACCUUGUCCUCUCCUUCAUCCCUGCCAAGCAUUCCUUUGCCUUCUUAAGUGGCUUGGAAGUUGUUUCGGUCCCUGAUACACUGAUCAACGAUACUGCCCAAACUGUUAAUCCUUCAGGGGAAUUUCAUGGUCUAAUGAACGAAGCGUUGGAGACAGUUUGGAGGGUGAAUAUGGGUGGUCCCCUAGUCACAUCCCAGAAUGACACCCUUGGGAGAACUUGGGUUCCUGAUCAGAAUUUUCUAAUGAACCAAAAUGAUUCCCAGUCAGUAAAUGGAUCUGUCAAUUAUGUGCAAGGUGGACUGACCAGGGAUAUUGCUCCUGAUUUUGUCUAUGGCACUGCAAGGGAGAUAAACUUAGAAAAUUCCAUCCCCAGUUUCAAUAUCAAUAUGACGUGGAAGUUCAACGUGGAUGCUGGUUUUCAGCAUCUGAUUCGAUUUCAUUUCUGUGAUAUCGUUAGUAUAUCUAUCUCUGUCUACAAUCUCUACUUCAAUGUUUAUGUUAAUGGUUGGGUUGUUGCUCUAGAUCUUGAUCUUAGUAUUUUAACAUUAAAAAAAUUAGCCGCUCCCUAUUAUAUGGACUUUGUUCUUGGGUCAAGCAGUAGAACCAUACUCUCAGUAAGUGUUGGGCCAUCUAUUAAUGAUCCUAUUAGUAGUCUGAAUGCCAUUCUAAAUGGGUUAGAGAUCAUGAAAAUUAUCUCCCCGCCUGGUUCAAAAAAGACGAAGUUUGGUUUGAUUGUGUGUCUGGUUCUUGGGGUGUUUUCUGUGUUAUUCUUGGUUACCAUCUUCUUCUUCAUACUGUACAGAAGACGAAGACUAGCAUAUGAUCACCCUUCAAAAUCAUGCUUUCCUUUCUCCUUGAACAGAGGAGGGAAUACGCAGAGUUCUAGUGCCACCACAGAAUUUGGAUUCCGCUUUACUUUUGUGGCACUGCAGGAGGCCACAAACAACUUUGAUGAGACCUUGGUUAUUGGGGUUGGUGGUUUUGGGAAGGUAUACAAGGGGGUUCUGGAAGUUGCAACAAAGGUGGCAGUGAAGAGGAGUAAUCCCCUGUCCCAACAGGGCCUUGUGGAGUUCAAGACUGAAAUUGAAAUGUUAUCCCAGUUCCGCCACCGUCAUCUGGUUUCACUGAUUGGCUACUGUCAUGAGGGGAAAGAAAUGAUACUAGUUUAUGAGUACAUGGAAAAUGGUACCCUCAAGAAUCAUUUGUAUGGCAAAAAUCUUCCCAGCUUGAGUUGGAAACAGAGGCUCGAGAUAUGCAUUGGAUCAGCCAGAGGAAUUCACUACCUUCAUACUGGUCCUGUGAAGGCCAUUAUCCACCGGGAUGUUAAGUCUGCCAACAUCUUACUUGAUGAAAAUCUCAUGGCGAAGGUUGCUGAUUUUGGGCUUUCGAAGACAGGGCCUGAGAUCGAUCAGAGCCAUGUGAGCACUGUAGUUAAAGGAAGUUUUGGGUAUCUUGAUCCAGAGUAUUUCAGAAGACAACAACUGACUGAGAAGUCGGAUGUGUACUCAUUUGGGGUGGUUUUGUUUGAAGUCCUUUGUGGAAGACCUGUAAUUGAUACAUCCCUUCCAACAGAGAUGGUUGGCUUGGCUGAAUGGGCAAUGAAUUGGCAAAAGAGAGGGCAAUUAGAGCAAAUCACAGAUCCUAAUCUUGCUGGUAAAAUUAGGCCUGAAUCUUUGAGGAUAUUUGCAGAGACAGCUGAAAAAUGCCUGGCUGAGUAUGGUGUUGAUCGACCCACAAUGGGGUAUGUGUUAUGGAAUCUAGAAUACGCACUUCAACUGCAGGAGACAAUAGCCACAGAAAAUGAAACCGCUGAGAACAAUACCAAUCAAACAGAUGAGCUCUCCACAAUGAUGAACGACGAUAUCGGCAGUGAGGAGACUAGUCUUGUUGCUGAGCAUUCGGAGUCAUCCCAUGUGGAUGAUAUUUCGGGUGUUUCCAUUCGUAAGAGCUUUUAUGCUACUGACUGUAGAUAUUAGCCUUAUGUUUGUGAUAUCAAGUAGACCAUGAUGAAUCUAAUUUUAUCAAAUGGCCAAGCCUUUUCUCACCAAAGAAAUGCUUCAGUAGUUUUGCCUUGUACAGGAGGGGCUGCCAGAGAGGGCUUGCUUCAAAAGAGUGCUAAAGUUAGUGCUUACAUUUGCUUGUAUCUUGAUGUAUAAGGUCCUGAGUUCUUUAUAUGUAAAAGUGAAGUUUGAGUA